CGGGGCCCGCCAUGGGCCGCCCCGAACGGGGCGCGCUCCGGCCGCUGGCGCUGCUGCUGCUGCUGCUGCAGCUUCAGCAUCUCGAGGCGGCGGCGGAUCCACUGCGCGGCGGCCAAGGGUCGGUCAAGGAGUGCGAAGAGGACCAGUUCCGGUGCCGGAACGAGCGCUGCAUUCCCUCUGUGUGGAGAUGCGACGAGGACGACGACUGCUCGGACAACAGCGACGAGGAUGACUGCCCUAAGAAGACCUGUGCGGACAGCGACUUCACCUGUGACGACGGCCACUGCAUCCGAGAGCGGUGGAAGUGCGAUGGCGAGGAGGAGUGUCCCGACGGGUCCGACGAGUCCGAGGCCACUUGCACCAAGCAGGUGUGUCCCGCAGAGAAGCUGAGCUGUGGACCCACCAGCCACAAGUGUGUGCCUGCUUCAUGGCGCUGUGAUGGGGAGAAGGACUGCGAGAGUGGAGUGGACGAGGCCGGCUGUGCCACCUUGUGCGCCCCGCACGAGUUCCAGUGCAGCAACCGCUCUUGCCUGGCCGCCGUGUUCGUGUGCGACGGCGACGACGACUGUGGCGACGGCAGCGACGAGCGUGGCUGCGCCGACCCGGCCUGCGGGCCCCGCGAGUUCCGCUGCGGCGGCGGCGGCGCCUGCAUCCCCGAGCGCUGGGUCUGUGACCGCCAGUUCGACUGCGAGGACCGCUCGGACGAGGCGGCCGAGCUCUGCGGCCGCGCGGGCCCCAGGGCCACGUCCGCGCCCGCCACCUGCGCCGCUGCCGCCCAGUUCGCCUGCCGCAGCGGCGAGUGCGUGCACCUGGGCUGGCGCUGCGACGGCGACCGCGACUGCAAGGACAAGUCGGACGAGGCCGACUGCCCGCUGGGCACCUGCCGUGGAGACGAGUUCCAGUGUGGGGAUGGGACUUGUGUCCCUGCCGUCAAGCGCUGCAACCAGGAACAGGACUGUCCAGACAGGAGUGAUGAAGCUGGCUGCCUGCAGGAGUCAACAUGUGAGGGUCCCCGCAGAUUUCAGUGUAAGAGUGGCGAGUGCGUGGACGGCGGGAAAGUGUGUGAUGCUCAGAGGGACUGCCGGGACUGGUCAGAUGAGCCUCUGAAAGAGUGUGUUCUGCCAACAUCCCAGAGAAACAGGAGGCGGCCCAGGGGUAAAGAGGAGCAUUCCCUAAGCAUGGCUCAGGCUGGAGGGCUGAACGAGUGUCUGCACAACAAUGGCGGCUGUUCCCACAUCUGCACCGACCUCAAGAUCGGCUUUGAGUGCACGUGCCCAUCGGGCUACCGGCUCCUGGACCAGAAGACCUGCGGUGACAUUGACGAGUGUGAGGACCCAGACGCCUGCAGCCAGAUCUGUGUCAAUUACAAGGGCUACUUUAAGUGCGAGUGCCACCCUGGCUACGAGAUGGACACCCUGACCAAGAACUGCAAGGCCGUCGCUGGCAGAAGCCCGUCCCUAAUCUUCACCAACCGGCACGAAGUGCGGAGGAUAGACCUGGUGAAGCGGGACUACUCACGUCUCAUCCCCAUGCUCAAGAACGUCGUGGCGCUGGACGUCGAAGUUGCCACCAAUCGCAUCUACUGGUGUGACCUCUCCUACCGCAAGAUCUACAGCGCCUACAUGGACAAAGCCAGCGACCCAACAGAGCAGGAGGUCCUCAUUGAUGAGCAGCUGCACUCUCCAGAGGGCCUGGCAGUGGACUGGGUCCACAAGCACAUCUACUGGACCGACUCGGGCAACAAGACCAUCUCAGUGGCCACAGUUGAUGGCGGACGCCGCUGCACUCUCUUCAGCCGUGACCUCAGUGAACCCCGGGCCAUUGCCGUUGACCCCCUGCAAGGGUUCGUGUAUUGGUCUGACUGGGGGUACGAGGCUAAGAUCGAGAAGUCUGGGCUCAACGGUAUGCACCGGCAGACACUGGUGUCAGACGGUAUUGAGUGGCCCAACGGAAUCACCCUGGAUUUGCUGAACCAGCGCUUGUACUGGGUAGACUCCAAGCUGCACCAGCUGUCCAGCAUUGACUUCAGCGGAGGCAACAGGAAGAUGCUGAUUUCCUCCCCUGACUUCCUGAGCCACCCUUUCGGGAUAGCUGUGUUUGAGGACAAGGUGUUCUGGACAGACCUGGAGAAUGAGGCCAUUUUCAGUGCAAAUCGGCUCAAUGGCCUGGAAAUCUCCGUCCUAGCUGAGAACCUCAAUAACCCACAUGACAUUGUCAUCUUCCAUGAGCUGAAGCAGCCAAGAGCUGCAGAUGCCUGCGAGCUGAGUGCCCAGCCCAAUGGAGGCUGUGAGUACCUGUGCCUUCCUGCUCCUCAGAUCUCCAGCCACUCCCCCAAGUACACCUGUGCCUGUCCUGACACAAUGCGACUGGGCCCUGACAUGAAGAGGUGCUACCGAGCACCUCAGUCUACCUCAACUACGACGUUAGCCUCCACCACAACGAGGACAGUAGCCGACACCACCAGAGCCCCUGGGACCACCGUCCGCAGCCCCGCCUACCAGAACCACAGCACAGAGACACCAAGCCUGGCAGCAGCGGUCCCAAGCUCAGUUAGUGUUCCCAGGGCUCCCAGCAUCAGCCCGUCUACCCCACGCCCUGCAACCAGCAACCACUCCCAGCACUAUGGGAAUGAAAGUGGCAAGAUGGGCUCAACAGUCACUGCUGCUGUCAUUGGGAUCAUUGUGCCUAUGGUGGUUAUAGCCCUGCUGUGCAUGAGUGGCUACCUGAUCUGGAGAAACUGGAAGCGGAAGAACACCAAAAGCAUGAAUUUCGACAACCCUGUAUACAGGAAAACGACAGAAGAAGAGGAUGAGGAUGAGCUCCACAUAGGGAGGGCUGCUCAGAUUGGCCAUGUCUAUCCAGCAGCGAUCAGCAGCUUUGAUCACCCACUGUGGGCAGAGCCCUGUCUUGGGGAGACCAGAGAAAUGGAAGACCCAGCCCCUGCCCUCAAGGAGCUUUUUGUCUUGCCGGGGGAACCAAGGUCACAGCUGCACCAACUCCCGAAGAACCCUCUUUCCGAGCUGCCUGUCGUCAAGUGCAAGCGAGUGGCAUUAAGCCUUGAAGAUGAUGGACUGCCCUGAGGAUGGGACCACUCCCUUCGUGCCUCAUGGAAUUCAGUCCCAUGCACUACACCCUGGAUGGUGUAUGCCUGGAUGGAAGGGUUUCUGUACAUGAGUCUGUGUGUCUGUGUGUGUGUGUGCGUGUGUAAUUUUUUUUAAUUUAUAUUGCGGAAAGGUAACCACAAAGUUAUGAUGAACUGCAAACAUCCAAAGGAUGUGAGAGUUUUUAUAUGUAUAAUGUUUUAUACACUUUUUAACUGGUUGCACUACCCAUGAGGAAUUCAUGGAAUAGCUACUGCUGAGUGACUAACAUGAUGUACAUAACCAAAUGGGGCCGAUGGUACAGUAGCUUACUCACCAUUUAAAAAUUAUAUUUACAGAGGGUAUUUGGUUUUGGGGGGCUUUUUUAGGUUUCAGAGUUUUGUUUUUUUGUAAAUAGAAUGAUUAUGCUUUGUGGCUAUCCAUCAUCAUAAGUAAAAAAAAGAAAACACUUCAAAUCCCUCUCCCAUUUAGAUUAUUUAUUAACAUAUCUCAAAAGUAAGAUUAGUUCUAUAAGUAAUUUAGAGAGGUGAGAGUAUUUAUUUUGGGUAUGAUUGGCCUACCACCUGGACUCUGUGUGCAUUUAUGUUUAUGUGUGUAUGUGAGUGAGAAAGAAAAAUCUGUAGAGAAGAGGCACACCUAUGGCUGUUGUUCAGAUACAUAAUGAUAAAUAUAUUUUAAAACAGUCCACAAGAAGGGUUAUCUGUAGUUUUCAGAGAAGCCUUUGGAAAUUUGGACCAGAAAAGAGAUACCAUGGUUUGUGCAAACAUGCAGUGGGGAGAGGUAGAUCUUUUCUGCCUCUGGCUGUUCCUGGGAUUCCAAUCAGUCAGGAAAAGCCCCUCAGCUCACCCGUGGCUACUGUGGUUCUUACCUGGGCUUUCUCUUCUGUGGCUAAAGCCAGUGUACAGACUUCACACAGUACCCAAAGUUGCCGCGAGCGCAGGUGAGAACAUGCCUGAACCUCGGCUACUCCUUGUUUUAAAGUUCAGCAUCUCAAGUAACUUCAUUUUCCUUUAGGACACUUGGGUUGAAUUCACUGUUUCCUCUGAAGCACACUGAGGGUGCCAUCCUUACUUAUAGAGAGCUAAAUGGAGAAGUUUCUUGAACAGCCCAAGUUUACUGUUGGGACUGGCUCAGGCACUGACCUCUGAGUAUGCUAUGGGUUGAGGAUAAGGAUGGAGGAAUAGGUUUUGUUACAUCUCUACUUCUCCCUUCCCCUUACUCUCUACCAUUUCCUUUAGGUGGAGAAAACAAGUUAAAGUGAUACAUAGGUUUGUUACCAUCGUGUGUUCACAUAGAUGAAACUAAUAUUUGGCUUAAAUUAGAAAAAGUGGCCAAACCUAAAGUCCUGUUUGAGGGGGAAACGGCGUACACAAUACUACAGUAUAUUGGAUAUAUAUGUUCACACAGGGAUUUGGUUUACUGCUUUGUAAAUAAAAGGAGAAACUCUGGGUAUAUGUAUAGAUUUUUUUCUCAUUGUGGACACUUACUUUGCUUUUCCUGGGCCUUGGGGGAGGCAGGGAGAAGUGCACUUUUCUUUUUGUGGGGUCUACCAUUGAAAAGAUAAUCCUACAGUCCCAGAAGGAAUUCAGUCCCCGUUGGCUCUUAUCCAAGGUGUGGUCUUAACUCUGCUGUUCUGCCACUUAACUCCCACUGGACAACCAGGGAUAAUGUGUGACAUGGAAGUGUUUGGUUUAAAUAGGAGCAGAGGACAUGUAUCUAACCUUAACAUACCUGGAACUUGACACUUUUAAGCAAAUUCCUCCCCUUCUACUCCCCAGCUGCCCCCAACUCUGUGAAGCUUGGAUGUCUCACCAGCUUGAUACCCUCUGAAUUUCCAGGCAGACGUUCUGGGGUUCUGUCACCCUGUUCCUAGGACCUUUCUCUACAUCACUCAUGGUCUCCUGUCUUCUGAGAAAAUAACUGUAUUCUGGAGCCUGGGCACUAAGCUUUGCAUAAGCAAGCAGUUUCUUCAUGAUAUACCUGUGUUGAUAGUCCUGAAACAUUCAUUGAGAGGGUACAUGCAAUUGACCUUGAAUGAACAAAACCAAACAGAAUUUUAAGAACAGGUGGCCAACUCCUACAGAGCUUAAUCACUUACUACUAUUCUUUCAAGAAUGGAAAGUAAAAUUAUUUUUGACUGAAGAAAAAUCAUGAAAGUGAAAAACACUGAAAUUUACACAAAACAAGCAACUUUUUCUGUAACCUGCCUCCAAAGAAAUAGAAUUUCCUGGGGAAAUGAUAAGAGUGACUAAUGCAGUUUCUAAACUUUUAGUCAGAUCCUGUCCUUCACAGAAAAAAAUAAUGAAUAGGGUCAGUGAUUCAGCCUGAGAUCUCAAAAUGAUGAUGAAACACAACUUUCUAAGAGACAUCCAUGUUUCCUGAAUAUGCUACAACUGCAGUUUGGAAGAGGCAGUUACGGAAGCAACCUACAAAAAACUGUGGACUACUCAUGUGUUGGAUGGCAGUAAAUAAGAUGAAAUCUGAGGAGUCAGGUUCAUCCUUCUCUAUUCUUGGAUGCAUUUUGAGGUACAGUUGCACUUCUGUUGCCUUUUGCCCCUGCGUCAUCAUAUACCUACAGCCAAUAAUGGAUCACAGAGUCAUUGGACUAUAGAGCUGGAAGGAAGCUUAGAGAUAAGGCCUGAAGGGCAGAAAAUUUAUCAGACAUUUUUUUAUGUGUGUAAAAGAAACUAGUCCCAGCCCUUUUCCUCGCUUUCCUUUUCCAGGAGACUACUUUGGGCUGCCCGAACAUUGUAUCAAACCUGCUACCUAUCUUAUGGCCUAUCUUUCUGGUGGAAUUUUGAAAGCACUGGCAGAAAUAUUCUUCCAGAAAUGGGGAAAACUAAAAUUUUAUUUAUUUACUCUUGAUAGCAUGAUUACAUAUAAAACAGAUUGAGGUAAACUGUAACCUCAGAAUGAGAUCGUAUUUAAAUGUAUAGCAAUAAGUACUUUUCAUCCCUCCAGUUCUGUGUGAUUGCAAUAUGUAUAUUCAUCCACUGAAACCAUUUGCUAGGUACCAAGUAAGUGCCAGGUACUGCAGAUGUACAGGUCAGUCAAAUGCUUUCUGUCCUGACAGAACUCACAGUAGCAAUUAGAGGAAGACAUGUGGAAACAAAAAAAAAAGGAAUAGAUAUUUUUUGGGGUACUAUUAGUUUACAAAGGUGUAAGAAUGGGGUCAAGAAAGGCAUUGUAGGAAAAGUGGCCCUAAGCUAAGUCUUAGAAAUUAAGUAGGGGUGUCCAGGCUGCUUCAGGCAGAGGACACACUGAGCUAAGACACAGAAGCAUGAAACAGCAUGGGGAUCUUAAGAAACUGCAUGUAAUUACUUGUAAUGAGCAAAAGGCUCAAGGGAGACUUAGCAAGAAAUGAGGCUGGAUGGAAAGACAGGUUCAAUGUAAGCACUUUAUAGAAUACUUCUAUUUAAUUUCUGAUUCAAUUAAUGAAACAUUUCUUGGUCAUUUACUGUGUGUGUAUAAGGCACCAAGUGCAUCAUGGAAAAUUGAUCAGAAUGUGUUGCCAGCACUUUGCAGACAUGACAGUCUUCACUCUCAAGCUUUCCUGUGGCCAAAGGGAAACAGUGACUGCUUUUCACAUAUUUGAGUUGAAGUUUUUUGAUACGGUCAAUGAAGACUGAUAGAAGGGCAGUGGGAUUUUCACAGAAGGAUUCCAUGUUGUCAAGAGCCUCUGGGAUUUUCUCAACGGUGAAAAAGAAAACUGGAAAUUUUGAAGACGUGGGGUCUGCAGAGCGGACCCCAAGCACUGUCCAGUCGGGUGCUAGGGGGAAUGGGGAGAGAGCACAGGAAUGUGAGCCUCUCUACACCACUCCCUCACUCCUGCUAUACACUCAUCAUUUCACAAAAUAUAAAUGAGUUAUCAGUUAAAUGCUUCAGAGUAAAUAAUUUCUUUUCCCAGCAAUGCAUGAAGAUAGAGUAUCAGAAUCUUCUCACACUAUUUUUAGGGUAUUGGGGAUUUUCAGGAUAUGGAGAACUUAGAGGUGGAGGAAUUACAGCUUCAAAUUUUCAGUUAAUAUAAGAAAUCAGGAAGCUUUGUUCAUUCAGGCUAUGCACCAUGUGCAUAGUCAAGAAUCAGCAGAAAUCCUCUGCAUUUGCAAACACUUUGUGCUAUAAAAAGUAAUUUUAAAAAGCCACCUGUAUAUGUAUAUAUAUAUUUAAAGACAUGAAGGUUUUGAUACUUUUUUACAAAAAUUACAACAGAAAACAAAUAUCUGUACAAACCAUGUGUUUUAAAAUAGCAUUUUGUUCUAUACAAGCUGUUGUUGAUGUGGGGUGAGCUCCUGGUUUGCAAACUCCAUCACAUUGUACACAAAUGAACAUUCCUUGUUUGUCUUCCUCCGAACACCCCCAAGUGACCAUAUUUGAUGUAACAGGCAUGUUAGAAUGUUGGGUCACACUAACCAUUUAUGCUUUUUUGUCUUGUCCUUCUGAGUUCCGUUAGCUUCUGUACUCAGUCCCCUUUGCAGUCUGGUUUCUCUUCCAGAGGCAAAGGGUGGUGUGCUGCAUCUCACUAGU